AUGCCCGCUGAUCACCCCUCCCCCGCUGUCGUCCAAGCAGAGGGCAUCCCAUACUUCACACCAGCCAAUAACGCCGGCGCCGCGGCAGAAAUCAACGAAAACACACCCACGCUCUUCCGCCCGCUGACAAUCCGCAAUGUCACGCUCAAGAACCGCAUCAUCGUCGCGCCCAUGUGCAUGUACUCGGCCGAGUCGGACCCCAGCGCUCCAACCGUGGGCGCCCUGACCGACUACCAUAUCGCGCACCUCGGCCAUCUGGCCCUCAAGGGCGCCGGGCUGAUCUUCAUCGAGGCCACGGCCGUGCAGCCCAACGGGCGCAUCUCGCCCAACGACUCCGGGCUCUGGCAGUUCGACCUGGGCGAAGACUCCCCCCAGUUCAAGGGCCUCAAGCGCGUCGUCGACUUUGUCCAUAGCCAGGGCGCAAAGAUCGGUAUCCAGCUGGCGCAUGCGGGGAGGAAGGCCAGCGUCGUCGCGCCCUGGCUGGCAGCGCAGCACGGCGUGCGCAGUCUCCGCGCUGACGAGCAGGUCGGCGGAUGGCCGUCCAACGUCGUCGGGCCGACAGGCGGCGAGGAGCAGAUCUGGGCGCCGGGCACGGCAUACUGGGCGCCGCGGGAGCUGAGCACGGCCGAGGUGAAGGAGGUGGUGCAGGCGUUUGCGAAGAGCGCCGAGCUGGCCGUCAAGGCGGGCGUGGACGUGAUCGAGAUCCACGCCGCCCACGGCUACCUGAUCAACCAGUUCCUCAGCCCCGUGACGAACAAGCGGACGGACGAGUACGGCGGCUCGUUCGAGAACCGCAUCCGCAUCGUGCGCGAGAUCGCGACCGCCGUCCGCGCCGUCAUCCCGGAGGGGAUGCCGCUGUUCCUGCGCGUCAGCGCAACCGAGUGGCUGGAAGAGCAGCCCGUGGCGGCCGCAGCGGGCGGGAGCUGGGACGUGGAGUCGACGAUCCGGCUGGCGAAGCAGCUGCCCGAACUGGGCAUCGACUUCCUAGACGUGAGCUCCGGCGGGAACCACAAGGACCAGAAGAUCGAGCCGCACACGAGCUACCAGGUGGACAUCGCGGGGCGGAUCCGGAGGGAGCUCCGUGCGGCGGGCAUCAAGACGCUGCUCAUCGGAGCAGUCGGACUCAUCACGCAGGCCGAAGCCGCGCAGAAGAUUGUGCAGGGUGCUGACGACGAAACCGCCAUUGAAGCCUCUGCCGCAGAAGCCACGCUGGCAGACAACAAGGCCGAUGGCAGCGGUCCGCAGGCCGACGCAGUCCUCAUUGCACGGCAGUUUAUGCGCGAGCCGACAUGGGUGCUUAGCGCGGCGAAGAAGUUGGGCGUCAAGAUUACGCCUCCUGUGCAGUUUACUCGCGCGUACUGA